AUGAUGAUCUACCAAAGCUGGAUAAGAAUGGUCGAUUUAUUCAAUGCAUACCAGGCCUCACAAAAAUGCUCACUUGUCGGACGUGAUUAUAUAUGCUGUGAACACAUAGGCGGAACUGCCCAAGUAGACGCUACGGAAAAGCCACGAACAAAAGCUUCAAAAGUACCCAGUCAACCUUUGGAAUGCCCAUCGAAUUCGAUAGGUCUCCUGAGCCGUAAUGGCCUUCCGGUGAUGUGUAAUGCAAGGAAGAGAUGUCCAAGCAAAGCGUAUUGCCAUCCUGUAGGAGGACAGUCAAUUUGUUGCGAAUCGUACGAGUUUGCCUCGAAUAUCCUUGACUCCACUGAAAAUAAUAUUCGACGUUCUGAAAAUAAAGCACCACUGCAAGUACUGGAUCGCAGCAGCCUGACAGUCGCAAACAAUGCUGAAGUAGAGAGAUCUCCUUCAAGAACGCCUGUGCCUAGAAGUAGAUCUGCUGAGCAAGAAAAUUACCAAAGAAACACCAUCCAACUGAAGCAAAGCGUGGAGAAGAAGGCGGCUGUCAGAACGACGAGCGGCUCAGCUUCAACCUUAAUCUCAAGCGAAGCUUCUACAAGAAAUGUUCCUGUUUCGGCUGAUGGAAUGGCUGAAUUGAGCUCAGAAAGAGUUUUCAACACUCCCACUACCACUGAAAAAUCAGAAUCGGUUGCGACAACGGAGCAGAUUCGAGCGCCCCCUAAGCGAAAAGCACCUGCAGCAUUUGCCGCUGUUUCUGUGCCAGAACAAGGAAAUCAAGUCAAACCUCUCAGCCCAAAUCUUCCUUCUCAGCUGUUCUCCGGACAGGAUAAAAGAAUAAUGGCUGAGCAAUUUCUAAUGCAUCAAAUUCGUAACGGCUGGCCAUACGAUGAGAAGUUCUACAGGCCAGAUGUCGACACAUAUUCGCCUCAACAAAGGCAGCGAAUGGCUCAGAUAUUCUUCUCUGACAACCAAUGA